AUGACCUCUGCCUUCGCCGCGCAGUUGCGCACGAUCGCUGCAAACUCUACCAAUGAAUUAGACUUGCGUGCCCGUCGAGAGGCACAUGCCGAAUCCCUCAUUUUCGACCGAGUGAUCGCUGUCAAACAGGACUGGGAGACAAUAUACCAAAUAUGCGUGGAAGGGUUUCAAGAGCUGUGUUUGUUGGACACCAGGCUUCGCGAAUUCGAACACAAUCUCUACAGUCCGCAGUCCAAAGAUCAGGACAGGGAGCAGAUGAGCAAGUCACAGAAUGAGGCUCUGGGGCUUGUUCUCGAGCGCUGUUUGUCACUGCUCGGAUCCAAAGUCCUGCUGCGUCCAGGAAUCAGGGCUGUGGAGUGGCUGGUCAGGAGAUUCCGAGUCCAUGUCUACGACACCGGCGCUCUUCUUGCGACAUUUCUUCCCUACCACGAGGCACCUGUCUUUCGAAAUGUUUUGAGUAUCAUUCCCGCAAACAAGAUCACCAACGAGUGGAAGUUCCUCGGGCCAUAUCACAAGAUCGCGGCCAAUGUACCCCGACAUGCAGUUGUGUAUACCGCCGUCCACAAUGAUGCAUUUUUCUCGUUCCUGAACAACCAUACUAUUCGCGUCUGUCAAGAUGGAGCGGAUCACCCUCAACUUAUGCGCUUCUGGGGCAGCGUCGUCAUCGAAGCCAUCAGUGGCAGGUUGAACCAAGUCAAGAGCGGGAGAAAAGAGGUCCAGAGGCAACGGUUGGAAGAUGCUCUCUUGAAGAUUCUACCUGUUCUGAGCGAAGGUCUUGAGAUCCAUGACUGUCACGAAAUGACUCUCACAUGCUUCACGAUUGCGCUUGUGCUGGCAAGCAACUCGGACCUUGAAGAUCGUGUGAUAGACUCAAUCACCAGGGACGUUGCGCCUUUCCUCACGAACAGCGCCAUUGACACACCCACAGCCCUGGCCUGUCUGUGCGUUUUGGACUCGAAAAAAAGCGAACGCAAAGUCACUAGAGACGUGCUCGAGGUCUUGUUGAAAAUACGCCAUCUGGACGCCCACUUGCUUGAGCUUCGGGGGAAGGUGCCUGUAGAUGGAUUCUGCGAAUCACUGGUCAAUUCGGCGCUCGCGGGUCUGAAAGAGUCCAAUAUAUCAUCUAGGUUCGCUUUCGUGGAGAUGUUAUUCGAUAUGAGUCCCAAGCUCGUGGAACCAGCAACUACAUCACGCUGCCUCGCCGCCCUGCUGCGGAGACUGCCGAAAGCCACUGCAGCAAGACCAUUGGAGUCUGCAAUCAGAGAAAGAAUAAUUCGAAUCCUACAGAGACUGAACGACACGCCUACCUUUUCUUCCGCUUUAUCCCAUGCAGUGACCCUGGCUGGCAUGGCAUCGGCGGAUGUCGAGUCUCUCAUUGAGGGAACUAUUGAGGCGGUGGAAGGCCCAAAACUUCUCGAGCCGGCUCCGAUGGAUAUUGACAAGGUUGGAGGUCUAUCAGAGUCUGAUGAUGAUUCCAUUGACUCUAUGUUGGCUGCUCUGCCCAGCGAACCUACCGAAUCGUCAUUCCUGACCCACAAGCGCGAUCCAUUGUUCGAUCAGCUCCUUCAGGUUUUUGGGCUCUGUUACAGGAAAGAGUCUGCCAUGAAGAAAUUUGAGGGACUGACAGUCUGGCGACAGCAAAUCGACAAGCCUUCCGAUCUCCUUACGAGUUUUCUAUUGAGACUUGCUUGUAGCGCCAGUUCCUACUCACAACGCUCCGCAGCUCUACAUUUCCUGUCCAAACUUCUCGAACGAGGGUCUCGACAAGACACUCAGUUACUCAUACCAUACUUGGCUCUUUUACUCGCCGAGCCCGCCCAGUCGAUACGGCGAGCUGCAUCUGCUUGCCUCCUUACUGUUCAGAAAUGCAUUGACAAAAGUCUUGAUGGAGGCAACGACCAUGAGAAGGACCAGGACACGCUAUAUGACGCUGUGGCGAUGACGAACGUCAAGCGAGUGCCUUCGUCUCAAGCCAAAAAGCUCCUUACACAAAUAUUUCUGCCUCACUUGGAAGAAUGUAUCCUCGAUGCCUCUCACAUCCGCAGGGUCUUGGAGAAUGCUAUUGACAGUCAGUCACGCUCCUCCUCGGUCGGCUCAAAGGUGGUCAAUGUCGAGUUGAAGAAAUCAUUGAAGCAAGAUCUCUUCGAGCUGUUGACCGGCUGUGCCUUGGGUAACCCUCUGCUCAAGGUGCAAUCAGGCGUUGUGGACCUCCUCAUUGGGGUUCCGAAAGUCGGCAGUACCAGCACAAGUAAAGUGCUCCAACCGCUUCUCCGACAAUGGGCAUCGCUAGGGGAAGACGACGCCGCUUCUUCUGCGGCUUCGGAAGGUUUCAGUGUGGCGCAGAUAGAUUCGACGUUAGUGCGGCUGAUCAAUGCCCAUGACAAGGAAGGAGUCCAACACGUUCUCGAGACUCUUGACCGAGAGAAAUCGACUCUCAGACCUGACCUCGUCAGGGCCAUUUUUGAGCGGAUUGCCACGAUCUGGAAAGACAUACGACAUGACUCCCAGAUUACAGCAGCGACAAUGCUUUUCGAUAUGUCUUUCUCCGAUAAUGAGGCUAUCGCAGCCGGAAGCCAGCAAGUCCUGCGUUCUGCUACCCUCGCGACUGAUGUUCUUGCCACCUUACUCGACCACGCAUGCUCUGGACUUGCUCAGAUGCAAAUUGAGGUACCACCGAAGAAACGACGGAGGGUCAGCCACGGUCGCGAAAGCAUACCGGAAGACAUGGUUGUUCAAUUGGACGUUGCCGAUUCCAGAUUGUCUCUGGCGCUCGAGCUGGUCGAAGAUUCAAAACCAGAGACACACCCUCAGCUGCUGGGGAGUCUGUUUGAAAUGCUGAUCAACCUGAGAAGACUUAAGGAGAAAAGCACGGCCGAAUCUCCUUAUCUACUCACCCUGUGUCUGGGUAGCAUUUUGGCCAUUGUCGACAAGGCACGAGAAGCACGGAAACCCAACAUCGACAUGUCGAGUAUUCGUGCUGAUCUCGUUACCGAUUGUGUUCGAUCAACGGAGAAUCCACAAGUCCAGGCCACGGCUCUGCUGCUGUUGGCCUCUCUGGCCUCGAUAGCCCCAGAUCGCAUCUUGCACACCGUCAUGCCUAUCUUCACAUUCAUGGGCACCGGUAUUCUGUCAAGGGAUGAUGAGCGGUCGGUCUAUGUUAUCAAUCAAGCAAUCGACCAAAUCAUUCCUCCUCUGGUAGGCACCCUCAAAAGGCAAGAUGCCAACAAUCUAGUCCACGCCACGUCCAGUCUACUAUCGAGUUUCGUCACCGCUUUCGAUCAUAUCCCACAACAUCGACGGGUUGCGUUCUACACGAGACUGUUGGACCGGCUUGGAGCCAAUGAUUUUGCCUUUGCAAUCAUUGCUUUACUCGCAACCAGAAGGCCUCAAGAGGAUACGUCGUCCUUCUUGUCAGUCCUGACUGCAGGCCUACCUGCGACGUCUCAGCUCUUGACGCAUCGAAAGAUCCUUGCGCUGACCCGAGACAUCUUCAGCAACCGUCCCCACAAUGCAGAGCCGCUCCUGGAUAUUACCAAAUCGACCAAAGCCGACAAGAAAGAACAUGCUGCUGUGGUUCUGCUCGAGACGGCGUCCAAGUUACUUGAGACGAAGGGGUUGAAAGCACAAGUGAAGAAACUUCGGAAGGUCGAUGAAACUGAUGCCGAAGCGUUCUGGGCGGAAUACAAGAUCUGCUUGCAGGAUGUGCUGGUCAUGCUCAAGAACCAGAGGGGCCAUCAAUCAUCUCUGGCUUCCUCCACAAGGAAAUGUCUUACUGCACUGCUCGGACUGCCUUCGCUUGCCGAGCUCCUGCGUAUCAUGCCGACCCUUCUCGGAGAGAUGGAGCAUGUGGAGGAUCAGGAGCUGCCUCCUCUCGCACUAAGGAUUCUGGCCGCCCAAUUCCAGCAUAAUCCCGCCAAAGACAGCAAGACUCAGACCGAAGCCAUGAACUUCCUACCGACAGUCGAGUCCAUCAUCCGGACAACCUCAGAUGAAACAUUCCGACAGGCGGCCAUCGCUGCCCUAGACCGGAUCGUGGAGGUAUAUGGACGCAAGAGCCCAGAAACAAUAUUGUCGGCCUCAACAACCCUGAUCGGCGGAGAUCAUGGCUUGAGUUCCAAAGAUUCAAGGACACAAAUCAUGUCAUUGCUCUGCGUGGCAUCCAUGAUGGAAGUCCUCAAGGAAGCGGCGGUCCCGAUCGUGCCUCAAGCGAUGCCUAAAGUCCUUGGUCUUCUGAAGCAGAGUCUUGGAGAAGACAGCAGGAACGAAGAACUGCAUAACGCAAGUUUCACGCUGAUUUCGUCCUUCCUGUCCCACGUGCCAUUCAUGGUCUCGGACGAGAACGUGAUAGAGAUCUUAGGGCUUUCAUACUACUCGUGUCUAGCCGACAUGGAUGCUUCGUCCAAGGAGUCCCGAAUGGAGACUCUGACCCUCCUCGCUCAGAAAGUCGACUUGAACACAAUCGCGACGAGUCUGACUGAGGCGUGGAAAGCCGUGUCAGCCAACAACGACGUCGACGUCAGAGCUGUCACCGAAUACUUGGAUCUCCUGUCCCAGGCCAUCGAGCACAAUUCCAAAUCCAACGUCGUGCGUGCGGCAGAGACCAUAUCCACAUUCAUGCUACAGAUUUUGGAUCUGCGCCAUCUGUCUUUGACUUUGCCAAGCGGCACUUCUGGUCCAGAAACCAAGAUGUCUCUCGAGGACAUCGACGCCAUCGAAUCAAAAUUGCACGCCGUCAGCAUCACCUUCAUCUACAAGCUGAACGACUCGGCGUUCCGUCCUCUAUUCGAGACCUGGGUCGACUGGGCACUGAAAGCACCCGACCUGGCCGCUUCUGGGGUAGAGUACACCGACGCAGCAAAGACCGCACGACAGACAAGUCUGUUCAACCUGGGCCGCCAUUUCUUCGCCACACUCAAGAGCAUCGUAACCUCGUACGCCAGUUACAUUCUCGAUGCUGCCAACGAAGUCCUCCGACGCAUGGUUGAGUCCAACAAACCUGGUCAUCGAACUGGGUCUGGUAAUGGGUCUGGGGCUGGAACUGGUAGUACUCCUACUACUACUACCAUCCCAGACGAAACACUCACCCUAUACAAAUCGACCCUAUCACUCCUCUCAACAGCCAUGCUCCACGACGCAGACACCUUCUUCGCUGCACCGUCUCAUUUCUCACCCCUAUCUUCCCUGCUCAUAUCGCAACUCACACUGGCAUCGUCCUCGAAGUCAUCCAAGAUGAAACCAAUACGUCUGGCUGUGUUCAGUCAUGUCAUUCCGACCAUUGUGGCUCUUGCGACUGCCACCGUCGACACCCCUGCGCACCACCACGCCCUGAACCACGGACUGUGUCAGUUGCGUCACAACCCGUCGGCCGGGGUCCGGUUGGCUGCGAUCCGGACGCAUCUCGCGCUCACGCAGGCCGAAGACGUCGGCGAGGAGUGGGUCAACAAUGUCGUCGUCGGGACGAGUACGGAAGGCGUCGGCGGCAGUGGUGAGACCAUGGUCUAUGUCAAUGAGAGUCUGGAGGACGAUGAUGAGGAAGUGGAGAACGAUGUAAGGAAGUGGGUGAGGUUGGUGCGGGAAAUGGUUGGCGAGGAUGUUUUUGAGGUGUAG